AUGGUGACCCUAGAAGGACACGAACAUUCGGUAGGAUGCUAUGGCAGUUAUCGUGGCUUGGAAUGCGAUGCUUGUGAUCGAUCGUUUGAUCGCCAUGGCUACCAUUGCCUUGAAUGCGAUUUUGUUGUUCACACAAAAUGUGCUAUUGUGUUCAAUACACAAGAGACAAUAUUAUCGGAGCAUCCUUCUCAUGUUGGACAUAGUCUUAAGCUUCUCACGACGGGGGCUCCUGGUCACACCGAUCCAAACUGCCAUAUCUGCGGUAAAAACACUAAGCGCCUUCUUUAUCAUUGUUCCACUUGUAAACUCAAUUUGGACAUCAAUUGCAUGGUUGAUGCCAUGUGUUCCCAAGCCAAGCUGAAUAUGCCGUGGCACUAUCAUCCUCUACUCAUGCUUGAUGUUGGUGAUCAUCUGCUAUGCGUAAUUUGUGGUCUGCCAGGCGGAUACGGCUACUGUUGCCCUCGUUGCAGAAUGAUGGUUCAUGAGAAAUGCGUCUCCGUAUUUGACUCACCGGAGAUCACUCAUCAUUUUCAUGCCGGACACUCUCUUAAGCUUCUUACCCAAGGAGCUCCUGAAUACACGGAUGCAACAUGUCAUGUGUGUGGAAAACAUGUUGGGAACUUUCUUUACCAUUGUGAUAUUUGUAAGUUCAACUUGGAUAUGGUUUGUGUGGUUCAAUACCACAAACACCAUAAACUCAUACCAGUUGAACUUUCAAAUAUGAAGGUCCAUGAGCAUACACUCACACUCAUCCCAAAAUUGAUCUCCUUCGUUUGUGAUGCUUGUGGGACGAAAGGCGACCGUUCUCCGUAUGUUUGUCUUGAGUGCAAUCUCAUGUUCUUCCAUCAAAAAUGUGCCCAUCUACCACGUGUCAUUAACGUCAAUCGCCAUGAUCACCGCGUUUCUUACAAGUAUCCUCUGGGCCGUGGAGAAUGGAGAUGUGGAGUUUGUUUGGAAGAUAUCGAUUGGUCAUAUGGGGCUUACUCUUGUUCUGAUUGCCCAAAUUACGCUAUUCAUUCAAGAUGCGCAACAGGGGAUGACGUAUGGGAUGGGGAAGAGCUUGAUGGUGUACCUGAAGAAGUCGAAGACAUCGAGCCAUUCAAACUGAAUGAUGACAACACAAUAACUCAUUUCGCUCAUGAACAUAACAUGAGCCUCAUCAACAACGACGGCGUUGCUUUGGAGGAAUUGUGUAGAGCAUGUGUUCGUCCCAUAAGUUCUUACAACACAUUUUACAACUGUUCGGAUUGCGGUUUCAUUCUCCAUGAAACUUGUGCUAAUCUUCCUAAGAAGAAACGACAUUUCCCAAGCCCAAGACCUCUCACUCUUUACCACAAUAGAUAUGCUACCGACACAACAUGCGGUGCUUGUCUUCAAAUGUGCUGCGAUGGAUUCAUGUAUACUGAUGGAGAAGAGACAUUUGACUUACUAUGCAGUUCGAUUACUGUGCCUUUUAUCCAUGGAAGUCAUCCUCAUCCUUUACUCUAUUACAAUAAACGUGCUUAUGGUGAGUCUAAGAGAUGCCAGAGUUGCGGCAUUGGAAGCAGUCUCGUUCUAGGCUGUAUGAAAUGCAAUUAUUAUUUGGAUUUUCGUUGCGCCACUCUGCCAGUAACGGUAAGGCUUGACAGGUAUAAUGAUCAUCCACUCACUCUUUGUUACGGUGAGAAGGCAAGCGGCAAGUAUUGGUGUGAUAUUUGCGAAGGGGAGACAAAUCCAGAGAAUUGGUUCUACACCUCUGAUUACGGAGCCACUUUGCAUGUUUUCUGUGUACAUGGGAAUGUUAGGUACGCCAAACCAGGAGGAAAGAUCAAGGACGUUGAAUUGUGGUUUAACAAUACAUCUUCACGACCACUUUGCAAGAACUGUCAUUUCCGUUGCGCAGCUCCUUUUUUUCUUACUAAGGGGAACGAAUUAUUUUGUUCUUAUUAUUGUUUGCUACGUAUCCGAAUGAGGGCGUCCUCGAUUAGUUCGAUUGUUAUACGUCCUCCAUGGGUAUAUAUGAACCCUUGA